AUGGCAGUAGUAGCAGCAUCUUCGCCCUCAGCGGCAGUCGAGCCGAAGACGCGCAAACGCGUUCUGAGAGUUAUCGCCAUCUCUCUCCUCCUCGACCUGAUCUCCUUCACCUUUAUCCUCCCUCUUUUCCCGAAGCUCCUCGAAUUCUACCGCGAUCGUGAAGCCAGUCCUGCUACCGCCAACGCUACGGAGCCCGCGACUCUCCUCCAGAGCGUUCUCUCCGGCCUUAACCGCUACAAAGCCGCCUUCGCCCGGCCCAUUGACUCCCGCUACGAUAUUGUUCUCCUAGGCGGCGCUCUCGGCUCCCUCUUCAGCUUGUUACAGGCCAUUGCCUCCCCGCUCAUCGGCCACCUCUCCGAUCGCCAUGGCCGCCGCACCGCCCUGCUGGCAUCCAUGUGCGGCAACAUCUUGUCUGUCCUCCUCUGGGUUGUCGCCAUUGACUUCCGCACAUUUGUCGCUUCGCGCAUUGUCGGUGGCCUGUCCGAGGGUAACGUCCAGCUCGCGACGGCCAUGGCGACUGAUAUUUCCGAUGAGCAGACCCGCGGAUCGACCAUGGCGCUUAUCGGCGCAUGCUUUUCUAUUGCCUUCACCUUCGGCCCUGGUCUGGGUGCGUGGUUGAGCAGCAUCAGCACCGUGAAGGAAAACCCGUUUGCUACUGCCGCCGGUUUCAGUUUGUUUCUCAUUGUCACCGAGACCGUGUACCUCUACUUUUGCCUGCCCGAGACUCUCCCCUCGUUGACUGGCAAGGGCGUCAAGAAAGCUGAGAAGAAGACUCCCGCCGCGCCUGUGCAGCGAACGAACUCUCACUUCAUCCUCAAUGCCGUUCACUUCGUUUUCCUGCUCUUCUUCUCCGGCAUGGAAUCUUCGCUCUCGUUCAUGACCUACGAACUCUUCGCUUUCGGCUCCUCCAAGAACGGACGUCUCCUUGGCUACGUGGGACUGGUCGCCUCCCUCCUACAGGGCGGUGUCACUCGUCGCCUGCCUCCCCUUCUGUCGGUUCGCAUGGGCACUGUGGCCUGCCUCAUCGCCUUCAUUCUUCUUGGAAGAAUCUCGACAACCUCUGGAUUGUACGCGGCAGCGACGUGCCUGGCUAUUACGUCCUCGACUGUAGUCACGGGCUUGAACACCCUGAGUAGCUUUGAGGCCGCAGAGGGCGAGCGUGGUGGCAAGCUGGGCAUUCUGCGUAGCUGGGGACAGCUCGGCCGCGGUUUGGGACCGAUUCUGUUCACCAGUGUCUACUGGUGGGCCGGCCGUGAGGCGGCGUACGGAAUGGGCGCUGCCGGUAUGGCUGUCGUCACGGCAGUGGUAUUUGCGGGUCUCAAGACGCCACCAGGAUCAUUGAAGAAGAAGGCUGCCGCCGAGAAAAAGACUGCUUAA